ACUUUCAGUUAUUCGCCGAUAAUUGAUGUCAAAGGACGCAGUUGUGCUCCGCCGGCGUUGUUUCACGUUGCCAUUGGAAGCACCGUUGCCCAGGUAUCGUUCAGUGCCAGUGUGACCAGUUUCCCGGUGUGACCAUGCCCAAGGAGGAUCCGUUCGUGAAUCGCGCCCAGCUCCUGAAGGCGAUCAAGAAGUAUCCGGAGAUCUGGGACUCCAACAACAAGCUGCACAUGUGCCGCAGCGUCACAUCGCCGAUGUGGACGGAGAUCGCCGAGCAGUUCGGGGGUCAUGUGCCGACAGUUAAGCUGCAAUCGAUCUGGAGCCAGAUGAAGUACCACUACCACAACUUGGUCCACCGCCAGAUCCUGCACAAGGAUCGCUUCAAUACCAAGUGGGAGCACUUCGAGCCGAUGUCCUUCAUGUACAACAUAACGGUGGCCAAGAUCGUGGGCGCCCAGUCAAGUGGCGGUGGUGGGGGUGCCUCCUCGGAAGACCCACCCACAGCCUCUGAACCGCCACCCGUGGGGGAGGAACCUGCUGGGCCAGUGCCGCCACCCCCCUUGCCCACCACCUCCCAUGGACGCGGGCGUCCCAGCGGUAGUUUCAGCUGGUUGCAGACCGCUACCACUCCCACCAACCCCCAACUGCCGCAUCUCAUUGCUCAGCCGCCCCAUGGCCAGGGUCACGGAAUGACCUAUACCGCUUUCACGGGGCUGGUGCCUCCGCCAGCUGCUGUGAUGUCGGAGGCAGUGGCCACGCCCCCGCGGAAAUUGGGACGUCCCAGUUCGUUGCAUAACAGUAUGCGGGGACGUAUCAUCGAUGCCAUCAAGACGCGUCCGUCACUUUGGGCGGGACGCCAGCGGAGCGAAAAGGGGCAGGGCCAGAGCAGAACUUCAGCCGUUUGGAAGGAGGCGGCCAUCGAGAUGGGACUUACCCCAACUCUUAUGCAGACGCGGUGGUCGAUCAUUAAGCAGCGCUAUGUGGAUGAACUGCAGAAGGAGCGCCACGCCCAGUACUCCCACCAGGGAUUCCGAUCCACGUGGGAACACUUCGACCGGAUGAACUUCAUGCGCGACAUCCUGCUGAAGAAGGUCGACGAGCGGGAGCAGACCCGAGAACAGAUCCAGGAGAUCGUCAGUGAACAGCAGCACCACCAGCAGCCGCAGCACCACCCGCCGCAGCACUUGCAACACUACCGUCCACCACCGCCGCCAGCAGGAUUGGUGGAGCACGCCCAGGACAUGCCCAUCGGCUUGGUGCAGCACCACCAGCAGGAAGGACACCACCCGCCGCUGGCCAUGCACCACCCCCACCACCCACAGGCCAUUCGGCGGCGGGUCAAGCACGAAUCCGAUCUCGAGUGGGAUCCCUUUGAGAUGAUCCUUCACGUCCAUGGUGCAGGCGAGCCGGCUGCCAACUGAAGACUGAAAAAAUAGGGACUGUCAAGCUCUAGGCACACCUGAGGAAAACUUAAGAAGCGAGAGAUCUGCACAGAUUAUUUCUUAACGUCACUGAUGAAUUCUAAAUUUGAAUUGAAGAAAAUUUACUUUGUUAGAGAUGGAAAUAUUUAAUUGCUUAUCGUUUUUUGUUUGUUUUACGAUUCAUACCACCUUCUAUUGUUUAGAAUGAACUCGUUCCAUUUAGGCUUCUUCUCAGGUGCAAUUAAAGUGGGACCUUCAAUGUCCUUAAAAUAAUCGUCAGAUGUAAAACCCUUAGCUACACCGCAUGCCCACAUCUAUAGUAAAACCUUUUUGUAAUUCCAUUUUCUACUACUCUGCAAUCGAAUAAAACAUCACUUAGCGAUAUUAAA